UGUGAAAACAGGGAAGGUAAAAAAAAAAAAAAAAACAGAGAAAGUCUCUUUUGACCACCACCAUCACCAUCACCAUCACCAUUCACCACCUCACUCUUUCUCCCCUUCUUCCUCCUAUCUUCUCCUACUCUUCACCUCUAAAGAUCCCAUCAUUGAUCCUCUUAUGAGUUAAUAUAAAUACGAUCAAGGACUAUUGUUUUUGACAUUUCUCAUGGUUGUCUCUCCUAAACAUCUAAUGAAGGUUUGCUAAUAAUCGGUAAGAUCAAAUGGGUGCCUGCUUCUCCACCAUCAAAGUCAGUGGUUCUAACAGCAAUAACAACACUACCGCUAUCAUUGGCCAUCAAUACCACCGCAAGGAAGGUACCAAUAAGCCUCAAUCAACGAUCACAAAUAAACAAUCGUCGGAUCAAAAGAAUAAUAACAAUGGGACUCGCAAGAGUACACAACUGCAAACACAGCCGAAGCAGCAGCAUAAGGUGAAAGAGAAGCAGACUUCCAGGCGACAGGGUGGGGUGAUCCCAUGUGGUAAACGCACGGAUUUUGGGUAUGCCAAGGAUUUUGAUAGGCGAUACAUGAUCGGAAAAUUAUUGGGUCAUGGCCAAUUUGGAUACACCUAUGUUGCCACUGAUAAAGCUAAUGGAGAUCGCGUCGCCGUCAAGAGGAUUGAGAAAAAUAAGAUGGUUCUUCCUAUUGCUGUUGAGGAUGUUAAGAGAGAGGUCAAGAUAUUACGGGAACUUGCUGGCCAUGAGAAUGUAGUUCAGUUUUAUGACGCAUUUGAGGAUGAUUCUUAUGUAUAUAUAGUAAUGGAGUUAUGUGAGGGUGGUGAAUUGCUGGAUCGCAUAUUAGCAAAGAAGGAUAGUCGUUAUACCGAGAAAGAUGCAGCAGUGGUUGUACGACAGAUGCUCAAAGUUGCAGCUGAGUGUCAUUUACAUGGUUUGGUACACCGUGACAUGAAACCAGAGAAUUUUCUUUUCAAGUCAACCAAGGAGGACUCACCUCUGAAGGCCACAGAUUUUGGCUUGUCAGACUUCAUAAAACCAGGCAAGAAAUUCCAAGAUAUUGUCGGUAGUGCUUACUAUGUAGCCCCUGAAGUAUUAAAGCGCAAGUCUGGACCUGAGUCAGAUGUCUGGAGUAUUGGUGUUAUUACAUACAUUUUGCUAUGUGGGAGGCGUCCAUUUUGGGAUAAGACAGAGGAUGGUAUAUUUAAGGAGGUCUUGAGGAAUAAACCUGAUUUUCGCCGCAAACCAUGGCCAAGCAUAAGUAAUAGUGCUAAAGAUUUUGUAAAGAAGUUACUGGUGAAGGAUCCUCGGGUCAGACUUACUGCUGCUCAGGCCCUAUCUCAUCCAUGGGUUAGAGAAGGAGGGGAUGCAUCUGAAAUACCCAUUGACAUAUCUGUUCUGAGCAAUAUGCGACAAUUUGUGAUGUACAGUCGUUUGAAACAAUUUGCUCUAAGGGCAUUGGCUAGCACACUGGAUGAGGGGGAGCUGGCUGAUCUUCGGGAUCAAUUUGAUGCAAUUGAUGUUGAUAAAAAUGGUUCUAUUAGUCUUGAAGAGAUGAGACAGGCACUUGCUAAAGACCUUCCUUGGAAGUUGAAAGACUCUCGUGUCUUGGAAAUUCUUCAAGCCAUUGACAGCAACACAGAUGGACUUGUUGAUUUCUCCGAAUUUGUUGCUGCUGCUCUACAUGUGCAUCAACUAGAGGAACACAAUUCUGAGAAGUGGCAUCUGCGUUCACAGGCUGCUUUUGAGAAAUUUGAUCUUGAUAAAGAUGGUUAUAUAACACCAGAAGAACUAAGAAUGCACACGGGCUUGAAAGGUUCCAUUGACCCACUACUUGAGGAGGCUGAUAUUGAUAAAGAUGGUAAAAUAAGCCUUUCGGAAUUCCGUAGACUGCUAAGAACAGCAAGUAUUAGUUCACGAAAUGCACCAAGCACAUCUGCUCAUCGAAAUGCUCAGAAGAUUUAGAGCAGAAAUGGAGUUUUGAAGAUUGAGACAAGUGGGAGGGUAACAGAAAAAUUGGGUUGCUUCUCGCAUAAACUCUACUUGAAGAUUGCACAGAGGUCUACAUUGGGUACCUUGCUCCAUUACCGUCCAUUUACCUCUGCUGAACUCUUCAGUUUGCCCCACAGCAUCUCUGUUAAGAGGAGGUAUUAUAUUUAUUAAGUGGAGAGGUGUUGGUUCUCUAUGGAGGAUGGCUCUGCGUGUGGUGGUCAUACUUUUUUGUACAUUCUUUUGGAGUGUUGGGGACUUUCUUUGUUGUAACCAACGAAUUGUAAUACCUAACCACAAAUAAAAUACCAACGAAUGGUUGGUGUUUUAGAAAUCUGUUGCGUUUAUUGUAUGUGAAAAUCAUGAACUUGCACUUUGUAUUUUUUAAUAAAAAAAUUAUAUAUGUUAUUUUAA